UCCUGGGUCUCUGUGCCUCCAGAGUGGACCUCACUCUUACCCCCAGCAAGAUCUCUCUCCAAGGAGCCUUACUUAUUGUGAGACAUGAGUCAAAGCUACACAAGCUCAGGCUGAAUGUGGGCAUGGCAGUGAAACUGUCCAGACUGGUUAGGAGGACAGGGAGAGGUGCUACUCCACUGACUGUCCCAGAGCUCUCCCUGGUCCUAAAGAGCAACCAGCCACCAGAGAGAGUGUUAUCCAGGGCUCUGAGUAGUGUGGCAUCCCUGCUGAGACUCUGGAGGGUUCAGUGUCUGGACCUGACUGACUUCUGGAUCCAGGGUCACUCUCUCAUCACACUGCUGUGUCACCAGGGACCUCUCUCUCUCAGACUGAACUCAGACACUCUGCAGCAGCUGACUGUAGUUGUGUAUGAAGCUCAGGACAAGGACUUGACUCAGUGGUUCCUGGAGAAGGUUGGUGGAGACCUGACCUCCUGCAGGCUGGACCUGGAAGUGCUUCUCUCUCUGCUGCAGCAUUCAACCCACAACAUCACUGUGGACCUCAGGAAGAACAGGCUCCUAGAGAAGAACAUCUCAGAUCUUCUCCCCUUUCUGGGAAGGGUUAUAUUCAAGAGGUCCAGUUCCAGCUUUGUAAAGUCCACCAUCAGACAGAUCUAUGACAGCAGAGCCAGUGACUGUGUGUCCAGUUUGUUGAGGUCUUCAGACCAUUGGAUCAACCUGAACAGCAGAGAGCUGGACAGAGUGGACUGUACUGCUCUGGGUUUUACCCUGAAGCACUGCCACCAAGUCAAAGUCAACCUGCUGUGGACCUCCAUACCACCGGGGGAGAUAGAGAGCAUCCUGCCUCUUCUGGACAGAGUCUCCCAACUCAGUGUUGACAGGAGGUUACUGCUGAGUUUCCUCCAGUGCUGUGCUGCCUCUCAGAUCCAGCAGGGGGCACCACCACCACCAACAGCAGUAUGGCUGCUCAGGUCUCUGCACCACAGGCUGGACUUCUCCUGCUCCUCCUCUGUGGACCUGUCAGCUCAGGACCAGGAGGAGGCUCUGUGUCUGACCACUGACCACUGCAGGGCCAUCCACUCUGUUCUGAAGCAGAACCAACACAGCACCCAGCUGGUCCAGAACCAGGUGCAGAUCAUCCUAAGAGACUGUGAGGUGGAGGACAGAGCACUGAGGGAGCUGCUUCCCCAUCCUGCAUAUUGUCAAGCUGAGCUGCUGGACCUUGUGUGUGAGUGGAUUGAAGAGGGGGUGCUGAGGCACGCAGAGUCCCUGUGCAGAGCCCUGGAUGGAGAGCUGGACCUCAGUGAGACCAGGCUGGACCAGAAGGCCUGUGGAUCUCUGGCCCUGGUUCUGGAACACUCAGAGGGGCUGUCAGAACUGGACCUCAGCCACUGUCAACUUACAGACCACCACCUACAGGCCCUGAUCACACACCUGCACAAAAUCCAGCAGGGGGCACCACCACCACCAACAGCAGUAUGGCUGCUCAGGUCUCUGCACUACAGGCUGGACUUCUCCUGCUCCUCCUCUGUGGACCUGUCAGCUCAGGACCAGGAGGAGGCUCUGUGUCUGACCACUGACCACUGCAGGGCCAUCCACUCUGUUCUGAAGCAGAACCAACACAGCACCCAGCUGGUCCAGAACCAGGUGCAGAUCAUCCUAAGAGACUGUGAGGUGGAGGACAGAGCACUGAGGGAGCUGCUUCCCAUCCUGCAUAUUGUCAAGCUGAGCCCCAGCAAAGCUCUGCUACGUCAGCUGCUGGACCUUGUGUGUGAGUGGAUUGAAGAGGGGGUGCUGAGGCACGCAGAGUCCCUGUGCAGAGCCCUGGAUGGAGAGCUGGACCUCAGUGAGACCAGGCUGGACCAGAAGGCCUGUGGAUCUCUGGCCCUGGUUCUGGAACACUCAGAGGGGCUGUCAGAACUGGACCUCAGCCACUGUCAACUCACAGACCACCACCUACAGGCCCUGAUCACACACCUGCACAAAGUACAAGUCCUGGAACUCUUCAACAACAGAAUCCAGGACAGAAGACCCUUCCUGACAGACAAGAGGUUUGAGAUCUGGUGA